GCCGCCUUCAGUUGCGGGAGAGCCGAUGCCGAUGCCUGCUUGUUUAAAGACGUUCUCCUGGAUUUCCAGCUUCUUCAACCGCCCUGCACUUUCAGGCUGGAUCUCGACAUUUAAAAAAUGAGUGGCGUUACUGACCUUUGCUUCACGGACCUUAAAGAAAUUAUUAAAACCCUGAUCUUAACUGGUAAUUCAUGGAGACUACAUGAGAUGAUUGACAGAUUCUUCAUGAACAUAUCAAAUUUCAACAGGGAAUCUCUGACUGAAAUACAGAAUGUUCAGAUUGAAGAAAUUGCAGUGAGCCUGUGGAACUGGGUAGUUACUAAGAGAAUAGAACUGUCUAUGAGGAAAAAACAGGCAGCUAAACUGUGUUAUAUUGCUUGCAAGCUGGUGUGUAUGCAUGGAAUCUCAAUCUCUUCAGAAGAAGUUAUUCAAAGACAGAUUUUGAUCACUGUGGAGAAGGGAAUCUUCCAUGUGCUUUCUUACCAAGCUGAGUCAGCUGUUGCUCAAGGGGAUUUCAAGAAAUCAUCUAUGUGCGUCUUACGUUGUAAAGAUAUGCUGAUGAGGCUCCCUGAAUUGACAAAAUAUCUUCAUGUACUCUGUUACAACCUCGGAGUAGAAACAAGCAAGCAGAAUAAAUUCAAAGAGAGCUCAUUCUGGCUUAGCCAAAGCUAUGAAAUUGGGAAGAUGGAUAAGGAUUCUGUUGAACCACAAAUGCUUGCUAAAGGUCUGCGGCUACUAGCCACUAUUUAUCUGAAUUGUGACAGUGAAGCAUAUUUUAACAAGGCCCUCAUUGCUAUACUCAUUGCAAACAAGGAACAUUUAGAUCCAGCUGGGCUUUUCUUAAAGAUGAGGAUCCUCAUGAAAGGCAACAUAUGUAAUGAAGAACUCCUUGAAGCUACUAAGGAAGUGCUGUAUUUUGCUAUGCCUUUGGAAUUCUGUCUGACCAUUAUUCAGUUCCUGAUAGAUAAUAAAAGAGAUUGUGUUGGGUUUUGCUUUCUGAGGAUCAUCGCUGAUCAUUUUAAGUUGCCAGACGAUAGAAAGAGAAUUCUGUUGUUCUACAUUGACAUGCUUUUACAAAAGGAUCACGACGUGAUUGCUGAAGAGAAGAUUAAAGAAAUCCUUAUAGGUCACCAAACAAGAAGUCGACUGACAAGAGAUCUAGUAAAUUGGUUACACAACAUUUUGUGGGGAAAAGCAGCCAGAAGUGCUAAGGCCCACAAUUAUGCUGGUGCAUUACACUGGUACAGUUAUUCUCUGAAGCUGUACGAGUGUGGUCAAGCGGAUCUGGAUUUGGUCAAGCUGAAGAGGAACAUGGCUUCCUGUUACUUACCUCUGAAACAACUUGAUAAGGCUAAAGAGGCCAUAGCUGAAGCUGAACAACAGGAUCCUACAAACGUUUUCACUCAGUAUUAUAUAUUCAAGAUCGCAAUCAUGGAGGGUGAUGCUUACAGAGCUUUAAGGGUAGUCAGCACUUUAAAGAAAUUAAAGGAUGAAGAAUCAGAUCGUGGACAAAUUGAAAGUGAAGUUGCAACUCUCAGAGUCCUCAGUUUAUCCAUAGAGUUUGCUCUAGAGAAUGGACAACAGUUUGUGGCAGAAAAAGCUUUGGAAUAUCUAUAUCAGCUUUCAAAAGACCCAAAAGAAGUACUUGGAGCUUUAAAGUGCCUCGUUCGAAUUAUUCUUCCACAAGCUUUUCAUAUGCCAGAAUGUGAAAAUAAGAGGAAAGAACUGAGUAGACUUUUGAACUACUUGAAUACAGCACUCCUGAAAUUUUCUGAACGUUUUAAUGAAGCUCCCUCAACUUUGGAUUCUAUGGUUAAUGAUGCCAAUUGGUUCAGGAAAAUAGCUUGGAACUUAGCUCUGCAAUCUGAGAAGGAUGUAGAGGCAAUGAAAAACUUUUUCAUGGUUUCUUAUAAGCUGUCCCUGUUUUGUCCUUCGGAUCAAGGACUACUGAUUGCACAGAAAACGUGUUUACUUAUAGCAGCUGCAGUAGAUUUGCAGCAAGGAAGAAAAGCGACAACAGCUUGUGAACAGAACAAGUUAUUCAGAAGGGCACUUGAGCAGAUCGAGAAAUGCAAAACUGUUUGGAAUCUCCUGAAAAGAACAGGAGACUUCUCAGGUGAUGACUGUGGGGUAAUGCUUCUGCUCUAUGAAUUUGAAGUUAAAACCAAAACGAAUGAUCCAUCACUGGACCGCUUUCUGAAUUCAGUUUGGAAGAUGCCUGGUUUAGAAAGCAGAACACUUGAAACAAUGGCAUUACUAGCUAUGGAUAAGCCUGCAUGCUAUCCUACUAUUGCACAGAAGGCCUUGAGAAAGCUUUUAUCGAUCUACAAAAAAAGAGAGACAGCUAAUGUUUUGAAAUACAGUGUAUGCCUGCACAACUUGAUUGACCUUCUGGUGUCAGGUGACCUAUGGAAUAUAUCACUGUAUCCCCUAAAAGAAGUUUGGAGCCACUUUAAAAGUACUCUGAGCCUCAUUAGUAAAACUGAAGGCUACCCAGAAGAGGAGAUUGUAUGGCUAAUGAUCAAGGCUUGGAAUAUUGGAAUAUUUAUGUAUAGCAAGAACAAGUAUGUAUGUGCAGAAAGGUGGGCUGGAAUGGCAUUGGAUUUCCUUAACCACCUUGGCUCCCUCAAAACAAGCUAUGAAGCAAAGGUGAAUCUUCUGUAUGCCAAGCUCAUGGAAAUAGUAGAUAAAGGGCUGGAUUUAAGGUCUGCAGAGAUGACUGAACAAUUAAGAGCACUCAUUGUUCCUCAGGAGGAUCAAGGUUCAGUUCCCAGCACUAACAAGGCAGCUCAGAACCAUCAGUAACUCGGAGUUCCAGGGGAUCUGCGAGUUCCAGGGUCACUACGGGUACCAUGAUGCAUGUGACAAAAUUAAAGAGUGAUUUCAGUUUUUAGCAAAGAGUCAUAAUGAUUGGAGAAAGUUGUAGAAAGUAGUGGCUCACAGCAAUUUGAAGGUGUAUAUUCAUGAGCUGCUAAAUAUUCCAGUGUUUUUCAUAUGUUCCCUUCAACUUUAGUUUCUUAAGCCCUGUUUUUAUGUUGACUGAAAUUUUCUCAAAUAAAAGCAUUUUGACUUUCA